AUGGAUGGCAACCCCUUUGAUGCUAAUGAUUCCACUACAACUCUUGCAAGAAAAAGGAGGAGGAUUUUGUUGUCAAAAAAUAAACUCUCUAACCAUGGCCAUAACAAAGAAAACCAGCCAACAUCAACACCUACUGCUGGGACAUUCGCUGCCUCUUCCAGGGACACUGCAACAAGAUCUCCUCUCCAGCCUACUAUCUAUAACGAUUCCCACACUCUACCAUCUCAACACCAUGUUUCCAUUUUACAAAACAAAAAAAGAUCAAGAAUUCUUGCCGGCAAUGGGGUGAAUCUGUUCAGCCGUUUCAACAAUGUGGAGACAUCUCCAUCGUUCCAUAUAGGUGAAUCAUCAAACAUCGGCAAGCGGCAAAAAUUCACCCAAAAUCAACUACUAAUUACAACCCCUGCUGCUCUUAACAAUUCCCACACUUCUCCUAAAAUAUCAAACCCAAAAUAUUUAUCUCCUCCUAAUCCUAAUGUAAGUAGAACAGAUUAUUCCUCCGAUGAUACCAAUGGAGAUUCUGAAGAUUGCGACUCAUUUGGACACAACUCUGAUUCAGAUGACUCCGUAGAACCUGAUGAUAUUCAUGAUCAACACAACCAGUCUUAUUCUGAUAUUGGUGACCCUGUGUGGGAAUGUUUAAUUUGCCAAGCUUGCAUGUGGUAUGCAGAGCGCAAGAAUAUGAGAAAACAUACUACUGUUCCAAAAUUCGAAUUCUGUUGCAGGAGCGGUAAAAUUGUUUUACCCUACAUGAAACAACCACCGUUAUUGUUAGAAAAGCUACUUCAUCACAAAACUGAUCCUGAGAGCAAAAACUUUCAAGCCAAUAUACGAACAUACAAUGCAAUGUUUUCGUUUACAUCUCCGGGAAUGAAAUUUGACACCAAGAUUCCCAAGGGAGGAGGUCCUCCAACGAUGCGCCUACACGGUCAAACAUGUCACUGGAUAGGCAGUCUUAUACCACCACAGGGUGCACUACCACAAUAUGCCCAAUUGUACAUUUACGACACUGACCACGAGAUUACAAAUAGAAUGCGUUGUUUCAAGGACAAUACAUCUAUUGAAACAUCUAUUGUAGCAAAGUUAAAGAGUAUGUUAGAUGAAGUUAAUGUUCUUGCCAAAGCGUUUCGAAUGGCACAUGAUAUGUUUAAGGCCAAUCCAUACGUCGAAUUGAGGCUGAAACUUAUCAGUGACAGACAUGACGAUGGUCGUGUGUAUAAUAUGCCAACCGUUGCGGAAGUUGCUGCCCUUAUUGUUGGAGAUGUUGACACAGGUGAAAUGAGAGACAUUGUGGUCCAAUACCGGAGUGGUAAAUUACGAAUAAUAGAUGAGUUCAAUCCAAGUUAUCUUUCAUAUCAAUACCCAUUGAUUUUUUGCUACGGUGAAGAUGGAUACCGGAAUAAUAUCCUUCACAAGUAUCAAGAUGAGACAACUGUUACAAGGAAGAACAGGCAAUCUAUCAAGGAUUGA